GCAAUGCGAUUUCAAAAGGAGCUGUCUGAACCGUUUCUUUGUAAAAACAGGUGAUGCCCGCCUUUUGUUUCAAAACCCUGAAGAUGUCUCUUUCAAAAAUUUCACUCAAACUUCGAAUUUUUUCACCCCAUGUUCGGUUCCUUAAGUCCCAAUCAGAAAUUUCGAAAACCCAUUACUCUAAACUCACAUUAGAUGACUCUCAACUUCUCUGCUUGCUCUCUCAACAAAAACUCCAACAAGCACGCAACCUACUUGACAAGUUUCCCGAGAGAAGCCGCCAUAGCCGAAUUGCUUACUGGACUUCCUUGCUUACAAAAUACUCAAGAAUUGGCUUCAUUGACGAAUCCAGAGUUCUUUUUGAUAUCAUGCCUGAGAGAAAUAUUGUUAGUUACAACGUGAUGUUGUCAGGGUAUUUGCAGUGCGGGAGGCUGAGUGAGGCAAGGGGGUUGUUUGAAGAGAUGCCAGAGAGGAAUGUUGUUUCAUGGACUUCGAUGCUUUGUGGGUUAGCUGAUGCAGGAAGGAUUUGUGAGGCAAGGGAAUUGUUUAAGGAGAUGCCAGAGAGGAAUGUUGUUUCGUGGAAUGCAAUGGUUGCUGGGUUGAUUAAGAAUGGGGAUUUGGAGGAAGCAAGGCGGGUUUUUGAUGAGAUUCCAGAGAAGAAUGUGAUUUCUUGGAAUGCUAUGAUAAAGGGGUUUGCAGAGAAUGGUAGAAUGGAGGAAGCCAGGGUUUUGUUUGAGGAGAUGGAGGACAGGAAUGUGAUAACCUGGACUACUAUGAUAGCAGGUUAUUGCAGGAUAGGUGAUGUUCAGGAGGCUUAUUGUUUUUUUUGUAGAAUUCCUGAGAGAAAUGUUGUUUCUUGGACAGCCAUGAUUAGUGGGUUCACUUGGAAUGGUUACUAUGGAGAAGCAUUAUUGCUUUUUCUUGAGAUGAAGAGGAGGUCCAAUAUAGCACCAAAUGGAGAGACCUUCAUUUCACUUGCUUAUGCUUGUGCUGGUAUGAGGUUUCAUCAUCUUGGCAAGCAGUUACAUGCUCAACUGAUAAUUAAUGGGUUGGAAUAUGAGGAUUAUGAUGGCAGGAUAGCCAAGAGCCUUAUUCACAUGUACUCUUUAUUUGGUGCCAUGGAUUAUGCACACUGUGUCUUUAACAAGAACUUAAAUAGUUAUGCUGUUCAGUCUUGUAAUCAUAUGAUUAAUGGUUAUACUAGGAUUGGACAAGUGGAAAAGGCUCGAAAAUUGUUUGAUACUAUACCUGUUCGGGACAACAUCACAUGGACUUCAAUGAUUGUUGGGUAUUUUGAUAUUGGAAAUGUUUCUGAGGCUUGCUAUCUAUUCGAAAACAUGCCUGAUAAGGAUUCGGUUGCAUGGACAUCAAUGAUUUCAGGGCUUGUCCAAAAUGAGCUUUUCCUUAAGGCAACCUCUUUCCUCUUGGGAAUGCUGGCUCAUGGUGUUCCACCAUUAAGUUCUACUUAUGCUAUUCUUUUUGGAGCAGCAGGUGCAAUUGCUCAUCUUGAAUUUGGGAGGCAGUUGCAUAACAUGCUGAUGAAAACACUAUCAGCCUGUGACUUGAUUCUUAGUAAUUCUCUGAUCUCAAUGUAUGCGAAAUGUGGGGAGAUACAUGAUGCAUAUAGCAUAUUCACAAACAUGAUUUAUCGAGACUUAAUUUCUUGGAAUACCAUGAUUAUGGGAUUAGCACAUCAUGCUCUGGCAAAUGAAACACUGAAAGUUUUUGAAACCAUGCUCCAAUCCGGGACUCGCCCAAAUUCAGUUACUUUUUUGGGAAUCCUGUCAGCAUGUAGCCAUGCUGGGUUAGUUAGUGAAGGAUGGAAAUUAUUUAAAGCAAUGAGAGACGUUCAUGCAAUUCAACCAGGUUUGGAGCAUUACAUUUCUAUGAUCAAUCUCUUGGGAAGAGCAGGGAAAGUAAGUGAAGCAGAAGAGCUCAUAUUGGGACUGCCUUUUGAAACAAAUCAUGCUAUCUGGGGGGCAUUGCUUGGUGUAUGUGGGGUUGCUGAGAAAAACGCUGACAUUGCUCAACAUGCUGCCAGGCGACUCCUUGAGUUGGAUCCUUUGAAUGCACCAGCUCAUGUUGCACUCUGCAACAUAUAUGCAGCCUGUGGCAAGCAUAUUGAGGAGCAAAAAUUAAGGAAGGAGAUGGGUUUGAAGGGUGUGAGGAAGGUCCCUGGAUGCAGUUGGAUAGUGCUAAAUGGAAAUGUUUGUGUCUUUCUAUCAGGAGAUGAGCUAGAUCCUGAAGCAGAUGAAAUGCUAUUAUUCUUAUCUGAGUCUGGUGAUGGAUGAUAGUAGAAGUCAUGGGAUUUUCAGAGUUCUGAUUGCAUGGACACUGCAAUUUUGCUAACUGUUCAGAUUUGAUAUGUGGCACUAUCUUGAUGAUAUCUAUGAGGUCCGAUUCAGAUAAUCCCUUGGUUGGGAAUUAUUGGAUGCAAUCUGGAGUGGCUAAACUUUUUUCUGCAACAAACUUACUUUUUCCUUCAAUGCUCUGCCAUUGUUUCCUAUAUAUAUUGAAAACUUUGAUCACUGAAGGAAACCACCUUCGUUUCCUCCACAUAUUUUUGUAUGUGUAUUCAGAGGGCAAUAUCCAUUUGUUCAUUAUAUCAUCGUACAAAUUCUUGUAAUAGCACAACACUGCUUACAACCUGAAUGUUACUUGUUGUCGUUCCAUGUAAAUAAGCCCAGUCUGGAUCUCAAACUAGUUGGACCA